AUGCAUGCGCAACAGGAUGAGAUGCUAGCAACAGCGCUGGAGUCAUCAAUGGUGGCCCCCAACAUGCUCGUGCUAGACGUCGCCCGCCUAGCCCACCUCUUCCUCUCGCCCUCACCCGCCGCUUCCUCUCUUCCUCCUCACCCCCCUCACCCUUCACAUCACCCUUCACAUCACCCUUCACAUCACUCCGCGCAUCACUCCGCGCAUCACUCCGCGCAUCACUCCGCGCAUCACUCCGCGCAUCACUCCGCGCAUCACUCCGCGCAUCACUCCGCGCAUCACUCCGCGCAUCACUCCGCGCAUCACUCCGCGCAUCACUCCGCGCAUCACUCCGCGCAUCACUCCGCGCAUCACUCCGCGCAUCACUCCGCGCAUCACUCCGCGCAUCACUCCGCGCAUCACUCCGCGCAUCACUCCGCGCAUCACUCCGCGCAUCACUCCGCGCAUCACUCCGCGCAUCACUCCGCGCAUCACUCCGCGCAUCACUCCGCGCAUCACUCCGCGCAUCACUCCGCGCAUCACUCCGCGCAUCACUCCGCGCAUCACUCCGCGCAUCACUCCGCGCAUCACUCCGCGCAUCACUCCGCGCAUCACUCCGCGCAUCACUCUCACUCCCAACACCCUCACCACCCACACGGCCCUCACUGCACGCACUGCUCCCAGCAAGCCAGCCACGCAGCGGGUGCUGCUGCUGCCUCUCCCGCUGCCACUGCCACUCCCACUGGUGGUGCUGCUACCAGAAUUCCCACCGUUUCUUCUGUCCCCAGUGCUGCUAGCACUGUUCCCACCCUUUUUCCUGUCCCCAGUGCUGCCAGCACUGUUCCCACCCUUUUUCCUGUCCCCAGUGCUGCCAGCACUGUUCCCAGCUCUCUUUCCUCUCCCACCUCCUCUGUGCCUCCCACCUCCUCUGUGCCUCCCACCUCCUCUGUGCCUCCCUUCCCGCCUGCCAUGCUCGCCGCGGCCCAGGCAGCUGGGAUCUCCCAGUUCGUUCCCCAUUCCCCUGCAACCACCCCUCCCGACAACACAGAAACAACAGCACCACCCUCGCCCGCAGCACCCUCGCCCGCAGCACCCUCGCCCGCAGCACCCUCACGCACUCCCCCAGCAAUCCCAGCACCCCUAUCACCCCUAGCACCCUCAGCAGUCCCAGCCUACCCACCCCAGCCCCACCAACUACCCCCUCUCACCGCCGCGCUCCACGUGGACUCCUCCCGCCCGGUCGCCUUCGUGGCCGUCGAGAUCAUCGAGGCGAGGCACUUAAAGCCAGCGAACCUCGACGGCACGUCAGACGCGUACGUCAAGUGCGCGCUGGGAGCGGCGCGGUUCACCACGCGCAUCGUGUGGGGGUCGCUGGACCCGCAGUGGUUCGCGAGUUCACAGCACCCGUGUUCUCGUGGCGUUUGA